AUUAAUGGAAUAUGAUUCUAUCGAAAUAUCGUGAAAGGGUCGAUGGACACAAGUGGUUUCACAUUUGAAAAUUAUUAUAAACAAAGCUUUACGGGUAGAAUUGUUUCCAAAAUGAAACGAGAUAGCAACAAUCGUCUUACCUUCUCUUAUAGAUGCAAAAAUUAAAAUUCAACGUACUCAGCACUACCUCGCUUCCUACGCGUCGCACUGCCCUCGUCUACAGGUCAUUUCAAAUUUGAAUUUCGAACGUUCUUUCACUUUUUGCUGCGGCGACAGGACGCGCGCAUACUUGGAUGACUGGUGGUCGACCAUGACUUAUUUGGAAGCUACUGCUACAUGUAUACGUGUAUAGGUACGUGUAUACAACGGUGUACCGUAAGCCGUAGCAGAUUCCCGUCGGCUAGCAGAAAACUGCAUUACCGAGCGAAGUGCAGAAGAAAACGAGCUUAACAGUGCAACUCAAACGAUCGAGCUUUACGCGACUCGGGCAGAAUCCUUGGCUUUAUUGUUAUAAUAGUCUUAUCUUGCGGUAGAAAAAUAAUUUAUCUCGCUUACAAGUGAUGCUAGUCACAUAUUUGCAAAUGCGCUGGGGAUCAGAAUUUACAGCAGCUUAGAACGCUACAUUUGCUGCGAGAUAAUUGUUCAAUUGAAGUCGUAGAGACUUGAAGACGACUUGUUCAUUACCUGUUCUGCAAGCACACGGCGCAGUCAUGAACAUCACUUUUGAAGGAAAGCGGAUUCUCGUUACCGGUGCUGGUCAAGGCAUCGGUAGAGAAACAGCUCUGCGUCUAUCCAAAUUUGGCGGCACAGUUAUAGCCCUCUCGAAAACCAAAGCCAAUCUCGACUCCCUGGUAAAGGAAGAUCCGAAAAUCCAAACUGUCUGCGCUGACCUGCAGGACUGGAAUAAAGCGCGAGCAGCUGUUAAGAGCGUUUUGCCCAUAGAUUUGCUUGUCAAUAAUGCCGGGAUUGCGAUACUGGAUCCUUUUCUCUCUCUCAAACCCGAGGACUUUGAUCAAGUCUUCAAUGUAAAUUUAAAAUCGAUCAUCAACGUCUCUCAAGUUGUGGCGGAGAAUAUGAUCCAAAGAAAAGUUGCUGGAAGCAUCGUCAAUCUAUCGUCGGUGGCCAGUUUGGUAGCUGUCAAAGAUCACGCUAUUUAUUGCUCGGCGAAAGCAGCUUUGGACAUGCUGACAAAGGUCAUGGCUUUGGAACUGGGACCACAUAACAUUCGCGUCAACACCGUCAACCCGACCCUUGUCAUGACGGCCAUGGGCAAGGCCAAUUGGAGCGACCCGGCAAAGGCGGCCACGUUGCGAGAAAAAAUUCCACUGGACCGUUUUGCAGAGCCUCAAGAAGUGGUGGAUUCCAUUUGCUUCCUUCUUAGUGACAAGAGCGCAAUGACCACCGGUGUUGGGCUUACGAUCGACGGAGGAUACACCACUCAUUAAAAAUACUUGUAUACGUAUUUCAAGCUUUACAAAAUAUAAGCUUACUCUGCCUUUGUAUAUUAUAAUCACGCAAACAGAAUGAAUAAAAAAAGCUUUUUAAUAAUUGUACAGCUAGUGAUUCGAAUAAAAUUAUUGAAUCCACCGACA